CGGAGAGAUUUCUCAAGUUGAGCUUCAUAGGAAGAAGAAGAAGCGGCUGCAAAUCACAACAUGACGUUUAAGCGAAGGAAUGGUGGUCGUAACAAACAUGGCCGUGGUCAUGUUAACUUCAUCCGUUGUUCAAACUGUGGAAAGUGUUGCCCUAAGGAUAAGGCAAUCAAGAGACUUUUGGUGAGGAACAUCGUUGAACAAGCUGCUGUUAGAGAUGUUCAGGAAGCUUGUGUCUAUGAUGGAUACACUUUGCCUAAAUUGUAUGCCAAGAUGCUUUACUGUGUGUCCUGUGCUAUUCAUUCUCUGUGUGUCCUGUGGACUCUGGUGAAUUUUUUUAAUGUGUAA